AUGGGGCAGAACUGCCUCACCUUCUCAGUCCUCCACACCAUGCGGCUGUAUUCUAGCUCCAUACAGUCCUCAGUAUCUACAGUGACCAGCAGUCUAUGGCCACAGGCCACAACUUUAAUAAAGGGAGAGCUGGAGAGUGGCGAGCAGUUUCCAUAUUCCCAACGCGCUUGUCGAAACGGGAGUGUAGGGACGGAGCGAGAACGAGGCGCAGGAAGACGGCGAGCGGGGCUUGCCGCGCAGUCCCGGGCCCACCUGCCUCCUCUCGAUCGCGGCAGCGGCCUGGGAGGAGGGCACGCCCCGCACGCGGGCCCGGGAGGCCGGCGGCGGCGUCCGCGGGCGCUGCUCACUUGUGCUCCCCGCCGCCCGGCCCGGCCCGCCUCGCCCACCGAGUCUCGAAGCCCACACUCACCCCGUCACCCGCGAAGCGCGGCCGGAGCCGGCGGCGGGUCGGGAGUCCGGGACGGCCGAUCCCCCUCCAGGCGCCUCGCUGACAUUUUGUCCCGGACGGAAACCUCCGCGCUUCCCCCUUAAAGACACAGCGCUCCAUUCACGCGUCUGCGGGGAAAGGGGGGCCGUCACGUGGGGCCUUCACCCGAAAGCGGGAGGGGAGUCGCUCUGACACCACCAAGGUCCGCGAGCGACAGACUUGUGUUGGCCAGGGUUUUAAGAUGACGCAGCAGCUGAGUGUGGUUCAAAUGUAACUAUUGUUUUACAACUUUGCAUUAACCUUCCAAGACCUGGAUUCCCGGGCCGGAGUUUCCGAGCGCGGUUUGCAUCCUUGCAGGCUCCAGGAGCGUGAUGUCACAAGUUAUUAGAAGAAAUUCCUCUAACCUAGGUCGGGACAGAUGAAGGUGGCGCUUGUUGGUCUUAACCAAAACACCAACAUGGUGUACAGUACCAGCUUUGCCUAGAUUAUGCUCAGAUGAGGCCAUCUAGUUGGAGGAAAACAAGCUCAGGACUCCCACUGAUUCUACAUUAUGG